GCAUUCGACUAAUUCUUCACAAGCCGGACCCCGAUCUUGAACGGUCUGCACUUGGCGAACAGUCGGGCUUCACUGGGAGAUUGAUGCGGGACUAAAGCUUCGAACGGGCAGCUUUUGACAGCUUUCCAUCGAAAGAAAUGCAGACCGGCACUUCCAAGAUCUCAUUCGGGCUCAAAAAAAGCGGUGACGUGCCACCUCAGGCUGGAACUAGCAAGAAGCCAUUCAAGCUCAAGCUCGGCAGCGCAGCAUCAUUAACAAAGGAAGAGGCCUCCUCGGCCACAAGACCACCUGCAGCACUUUCGUUGGGAGGCGAAGACUUGGAAGAGGAUGUUGACGAUGCGCCAUCUGCCACCGCCACCGCCAAACGAGAGCCUAAAAAGGGUGCCUCCAAGGGCAACACUUUAGGAAUAGGUUCCAAAGCUGCCCCUGCAUCUAGGAGCUCGCAGCUAGCACAAGAUGCUGCGCUCGUUGUUGAUGCAAGUAUAUUUGAUUAUGAUGCAGCGUAUGAGAAGAUGCAGCAAGCCAAACAUGCGGUCAAGGAACGCAAGGAUGCGGAGAAGGCAGAGCGAAAGCCAAAAUACAUCGGGAACUUCCUCGACAGCGCCGAGCUGCGCAAGCGAGAUCGAGCGCGUGCCGAAGCGAAGAUGAUUCAACGCGAGCGCGAGCGAGAAGGCGACGAAUUCGAAGAGACGGAGGUUUUUGUAACGGACGCGUAUCGAGAGCAGCUGGAGGAGAUCAAGCGCCUGGAGGAGAAGGAAGCGAAAGAGGAAGAAGAGCUGCGAAAUAAAGCCAAGUCUGGCGGUCCGAGUUUCUUCAAGGAGAUGCUACAAGCGCAAGAUCAAGACCACGAAGCGAUCGUCCAGGCGGUAGAGGCGAGCACGAGGGCGGGAGAAGCGGGGAGAAGCGAUAAAGGGAAGGAAAAGGCGACAGGGAGCGACACGCAAAAGGGCAGCAAGAAGAGUGAUCUGGAGCUGGCGCGCGAUGCACGUGCCAAGGGCCUGCAAGUCGAGCUGAACGACGAGGGCGAGCUGGUGGAUCGCCGCGACGUGCUGAGUCGAGGGCUGAACGUCAUCCGGACCGAGCGGAACGCACAGGCCGACAUGAACCGCGUGAGCAACCGCUCCGCCAACGCGCCGUCCUCCCAGCUGCACGGUGCUGGCUUCGAUGCGCGCGUGAGCCAAAAUGCGCGGCGGGACCAGCGGGCACGGCAGACGCUGCUGAUUGAGCAGCAGAUGCUGGAGGAGGAGCGCAAGCGCGCGGCAGAGGAGGAGCAUGAGCGAGAGGAGCGCAAGAAGCGGAUCAUGGGUGUCGCCACGGCCGAGGACGUCGCGAAGCGAGCGGAGAAGGUCAACAGUGCACGAGAGCGCGCAUUGGAGAGAAAACGCAAGCGAGAAGAGGAAAAGGCGCAGGCGGGAGCAUAGGGUGGUCCCACAAGAUAGGUAGCACGCGAAUGGGACUGAGUCUUGAUGGCUCUAUCGGCUACGCGUGUCUCGCCUAUGUAUUCCCGCCGGCUUUAAAUUUGGUUGGGCCACUAUCAACUGUGCUGCGUGCGCGUUGCCCAAUGCAUCAUGAAGCCUUCGAUGUGGGCGAAUGUGCGAAAGUUACAGCUGCAUGGCAGUUAAUACCAUUUUUUUCAAAGCUCACGCUAGGAUGGCAAAAUAAGGACUCCUUAAGAUCGUCAGAUUAUGUG